AUGCUAUCUCUUCCUGAGACUCUCGGCCUUCCGUCUUUUGACAGUACAAUAGGCGCAGUCUUCCUCGGGUUGGUGGUGGGCAUCAUGCUUUACGGGUUAACGGUCUACCAAGCGUACAAAUACUAUACAGUGUACCCGCACGACAGGAUCGGCCUCAAAGUCUUCGUUGCGUCCGCAUGCGCUAACGAGGCCCCCCAGAUUACGGUUAUCCUGGCGUUCGAAACGUUUCACAGCGCCCUAUGGAUUGUAGUCAGCUACCAUUACCUCAUCACUGAAGCUUUCAACGUCAUUGGUUUGUUGGAUGCCCACUGGUCCGUACGAGUAGGUGCCGAGAUAUUGUUUCUGGCAAAGUUUCUUACUGAUUGCCUCGUUUUCCCAACGAAGUUGACCGUUUUGACAACGGGUUUCACCGUGUUCAUAUCUCAAACGUUCUAUGCGCAUCGCGUAUACAAUGGUCAUAUCCAUGUGCACGGGCCUAUCGCCGGGACAUGGCUGAGCAUCGCACGGACAAACAGCAUUCGCAAUCGCUGCUGGAGUCAAAGCUGGCUCGUGUCCGUAGCGUACGGCUUUGCAGUCGCGAGCGACAUCAUCUUGACUGGAGCAUUGGUGUUCGUGCUUCAGCGAAGUCGUACUGGAUCGAAGCGGUCUAACACGAUCCUCGACAUCCUGAUCAAGUAUACAAUCAACACCGGCCUCUUGACAAGACCAGCAUUUUCAGCGUCCUUGUCUUCAUAUUCGUGGGUGUCCUUUCGCGUUCCGGGGCUCAUACAACAGGCUUACCGCAAUCCUUAUGCUCAGGCGAUUAUCCUCCCGGGAAACCUAGUAUAUGCCGGCGUCAGCAUCGUCGGAGCCAAACUCUAUGCAAACUCAGUCCUCGCCGUGGUGAACUCUCGCAAGUCGAUCGGAAACAAGUUCUUCGACGACUUCACGACCCAAGCCGUACCCGCGCAGAGCCGCAGGGACAUCGAAGAGUCCAUGGUUUGGAACGUGCGCCAGCCGACGAUUACUGGCAUGACGGAGUCGAUCAGCACCAGCCAGGGCGUGAGCUUCGUUGCGAGCGGAGAUACGGUUACCGAGAAGCCCGCGGAGCCGGAUGAGAAGCGACGACCUAACUUUACGAUGACUGUCUAG